AUCCCCACAGUUCCACCACGUACGCUUGUUUCUCAAGCGUAGGAACCAGCAUCAGGGUUCGUCGUCGACCUUCCUUCGCUCCAGCUAUAAGAGGGUCGGACCUCCGAUUUUCUGCCCGUCUCAACUCCAAUCGGACAUAGCAUAUUCCACCACGUUCCACUUCGAUUACAUAGCGCGACUACCACACACGCCAGCCCACGUUCUCGCUGUACCUAUCCAACCACGGUUCCGUUGAUCGGUACCGCGCAUCAUUUCUAGGCGACUAUAUAAAGGGUCUCGGCAUCGCUUUUUGCUCACAAGCAUAAAUUCCCCGACACGCCUGUUCCAGGACCAUCCACUACACCUUUCUCUCAUACACCCACACACACACAAUCUCUACGAUGGACAUCGCCACUACUUCCCGCGCCUACUUCGCCAUGCCUUCUCCCACUCCUGAUGAGAAGAUCUCCCUCCAGGCCAGCAAUACGGUCUACACAUACCACUGCCUGUGCAACCAUCUGUUACUCGCAACAACCACCCCGCUUCCCUCUUUACCCAAACGCCAACACACGCGCGAUGCUGCACACAUCAUGCCGCUGCCUCCAGCGCCCACUUCCGGUCGCAACAAGAACGCGGCUUCGCAAGACCACUACGGCCUCCUCCUGUCCACCCGACAAGAUCGCCAAGCUGAAAUCAUAACCAGCGACGAGGGCUUUGAGAAGCGUUAUCUACAGCGCUGCGGGCGGUGCAAUCUGGUCGUGGGCUACCAGCUAGACUGGCAACAGUUCGCGGUCGAUCGAUCCGGCAGGCGCGAGGACUACGUCUUCCUUCUCCCGGGUGGCUUCGUCAAGACAAGCGACAUGAUCAUGGGGAAGACGGCUACCGCACCCGCAUCUGCAUCUGCAGUGGGCGGCGCAGGGAUGGGCACUGUCAAUGUCACUCAGGUCAAGGCAUAGGGCGGAUCCGUCAGCCGUUGAGUUCUGGGGCUCCCCACCUUCUUCCGCUACUUCCCCCUGGGGAUUACGCACAGUGCUUCUCAACAGAAUUUAUGGAACCACGAUUACGAUUAUCCUGACGAAUCUGGGUCUAGGCGUUUAUUGAUUUCGGUUGCUUUUUCCAUGUCGCUCGGAGUUUGGCAGCGUGGAUUAGCGGGACGUUUUAUUUCCUCACCCUUCUCACAUCUAGAUACCCCAUUGGUGAACGCGCAAGGCUUCUCAUGCUACAGGAGGAAAGAAGCCUACAUGUCUAUAAGCACACAGCGUCCCUUAU